GCAUAGUUUAUUUGUGAUGUAUACUGUAUAUAAACUGAUAUUUAACACUUAAGCACUAAUAAUAUUUAACCAUGAAUGAAAAUAGUGGUCAAAACAUGCUGUUCCCAAAUCAAGAAAUAAGCCAGAGAGUAAUAAUGACAAAUGUCUGUAACAAUCAAACUAAAGAGAAUGGAGGCAGUUUCUGUUAUUUAGUUAGUAGAGCUUCUUCUCUAGACUCCUCUGAAUUGCAAGUUUCUUCAUCAAAGGAAGUUGUUAAUAUAGGUAUUUCUCCAGCUACCCAUGCUCCAAACAUGCAUAAUGCUACUGAUGCAGUUAGUCAAUGUAAUGAUGUCAUCAUGAAUUUUGGAAUGUCAUCUAGAUCAGAAGCUGUUUCUGUUCAUGCAGGUCUCUCUGGAAAACCUGUAAUAGAAGAGAGUAUAGUGACAUCUCAGAUCCCUUCACAUUCUGGCAAUAUGUUAGAGAAAGCAUUCUGUCACCCAAGUACUACCUCAGAUAGAACAUCCCCACAAACUAUAGUCCCUGAUAGAGGAUCUACACAGCCUUUACCAUCUUUACGUGAGAUGCUAAAUUUUUCUCCAAAUAUGGAUACUGAACUGCAUUGGCAAAUCUUGAGACAGGCCGCCAAAGUUGUAGAGCAGAUAACUCGAGUUUCUAGCUCUCGAUCUGGACAAAGUAUAGUAGACAACUACAAAAGUUUGGCUCCAUCAGUUUAUUGGAAACAUAUUUUGGGUCCUUCCCAUGUUGAAAAAAAACCUGCUUCAGAGUCGUAUCUACCCAGUAGUACUAAUGGUAAACAGGAGUUUUCAUUAGUUAAUUAUGAAUCAAAGAUGGAGGGCAGUGAAGAACCUGAGUCAACAUCUGAACAAGAAUUUCUGAGAGAUGACUUUCGUGGAAACUUGGCUCGAACACAACAAAAUGUGCCUUUUGCAGUAAACAUGUCAAAUAACCAUGGAUCAAAGUUUCAGAAACUGUCACAAAGUGUAAGUACAUUGUCAUCACAAACCUCAAACACAUCUUCAGCUCCAAAUGCAUCUGUUUACAAACCUGUUACACAGUCAACUUUAGAUAUACAUAGUGGAAUAAAACCAGAAUUGUAUACAGAAGAACAACAUCUUCUUAUUCAGAGAAGUGUGAAGACAGAGAAUAAAAAGGUAUCACUUCAGGGAAUUCAAUGCCAUAGAUGUUAUAAAUCAUUUUCAGAUAAUCGUAAUCUGCAACGACAUUUGCUUGUACAUAGAGGUUUUCGACCAUAUUGUUGUAACUACUGUCCAAAAGCCUUUACGCUAAAUGGAGAUCUAAAGCGUCAUCUCAGGAUUCAUAAUGGUGAGAGACCAUUUGCUUGUCAAGUAUGUGGUCGAAGAUUCACCUUAAAAGGAAACUUAAUGCAACACUUUCGAACACACACGCCAGAAAAACAGUUCACUUGCACUAUUUGUCGUAAGAAUUACGCACAGAAAGACAGCUUGCAUCGACACAUUCGAGCUCACUUUGGUGAAAAACCAUACGAGUGCUCUUCUUGUGGUAAGUGCUUUAGCUUGAAAGGGGAUUUAAGCAGACAUAUUUUAAUCCAUAGUGGACUGAAGCCUCAUGCAUGUAUAGUUUGUGGAAGAAAAUUUGCACUAAAAGGCAAUCUAACACAACAUUUACGAACCCACAACAGAGAAAAGUCAUCUAGUCAAACCACAAACAAGGGGACUAGUUUUGGAAAACAUGGUAUAGCACAUCUUGAAACAUUUCAGAAUAUAUCUAGUGUUCAUGAGACGACAUAUACUAGAAUGCAACACCCUAUAGCCCUCUCUAGUGCACCUUCUUCUGUGUCACAUCAGUCACAUUCAACAGGCCAGUCAAAGGAAAUUAAAGCUUCAGUUGAAAGGAGACACAAUGAAACUCUUGCAGUUAAUUUAUCUGUCUCUCUGAAAACUUCAGAAGCUCAGGUUUCAUCAAAUAUACCACACUUUUCUCCCAUUGAGUCAUCACAGACAGACUUGUCUUUUUGCUCCGAAUGUUCAAGAACAUUUUCCACUGUAGCUAAACUGCAUGAGCAUGUACAAAUGAUACAUAAACAGUCAGUACCUCUGGAACUUAAUACAUAUGUUUGUAAUUAUUGCAAAAAAAAUUUCUGUAAUAAAGCAGAGUUAAUUUCUCACAUGAGUUCACACUGUGCUUCAAAACCUUAUGACUGUCAGUUUUGUUCUAAGACAUUUACUCUUAAGGGUAACCUGUACCAGCAUCUCACCACUCACCAAGUAGGUAAAUCAUUUUUAUGUCCAAUGUGUGAUAAACCUUUUGGAAACCAGAGAAACUUGAAACUACACAUGAAACGACAUGAAACUGCCCGGUCAAAUUUUACUUGUACUAUGUGUGGCCGAGCUUUCUUAGCAAGGUCUGACCACUUUUUCCAUUAUUGCAACAUGGAAGCAAAGUGUGAAGCAAAAAUGGAAAAUUCCUUAUUGCAGACUAGUUCAGCUGUAUCCAAGAGCAUCACCUUGUCUUCCUCAAUUUCUACAGGAAUUAAUCAGAUCUCAAAUGUGCCAAUGGUUUCAACAACCUCACCACUACUUAAGCCUACUUUGGUACCAUCUUAUGUAAGCAAUUUAAAAAAUAACUGUCAGACUCCAGAUGUAGCAAAGUCUGACAGAAUUGAAAGUUCUCAAUGCACUGCUAAUACAUCCACAUCUUUGCCAUCAGAAGGAACCACCACAACAUUAAUUACACCUGUAAGUGGGUUACAGUCAUCUUUAGGACCUAUCUAUCGACACCUUUACUUUAACACAUAUCAAAACAAUCAGGAAAAAAAUAAUUUACCUACAAGUAUGGUAGUUCACCCUUCAGUUCAAGAUCCCACCAAUACUGCUUUGAGGAAAGAACAGUCAAGUACGUCCUAAGUCACACUAAGGGAACAACGUAGUAACUGAAAUUUGAAUGCACUGAACUUAUGGAUUAAUCUUUUGAAUAAGGCAAUGUAAGUAACAUUUGACAAAUGAUUGUUCAUUUUGAAAGGUAAAGUAAAUCAUGUAGCUUUUGGGUUAAUGCAAAUACAUCCAUUUGUUUAAGGAAUAGCACUAUAAAGCUAGACAUAAAAACAAAAAAAUAUUGUUGUACAAAUAGAUGCACUCUGUGCAUCUAGAAGUAACUGUGUAUGAAAAUUUUGCCAUUUAUGAUUUUCUUGUGCUUUGUGAGAUUGACAAGGAGUUUUGAAAAUAAAGUGUAUGUGUGAAAAAACUACUUAAUAUAAACAUAUUAACUUGUUUCUGGAUGAACAGAAAACUACAAUGUCAGUUUGGUACUUCAUGUAUUUCUCGACUCAUCUCCCACAUGAUCAUUAUAUAACAAAUUUUGUAAAUUCAUUCUUUCAUGUUCAGUAAUAUUUAUAAUGUAGUCAUACAUACUUUGACAACUGAUAGUCAUAUACUUGUUAUUUAUAUCUGUGUGUGUUUUGUUAAAUGGUAUUAUCGAACAGUAACAUGGUGGCUGACUACAUGUUUGUCUUUUGAAAUGAUUGUCUUUUUUUAAUGACUUCAUUGAUACCUCUAUAUAUGUAUGUUGCUUUGUUUAUAUUCUACAUCUACUGACAGUUCUUUUCAUGAAUGUUUUCAGCUUUGGCAUUCUCUCUUUCUGUCAGUAAUAAUUAUAACUGUGGCUGAAAUUCCAAUUUACCAUUAUCGUUGACUUUUCCCAAUUAUUCAUUGUUUAAUUGACUAUUAUUUCAAGGCUUUUCCACACAUUUUUUUCUUUUUUUUCCAUUAUAAAGAAGUGUGUGAAUUUCAAGGCAUGUAUUUCCAUCUUUUAGCUUUACUUCUCUAGUCUCAUAGCUUUCCAUUGUUUUAUUAGAUUGCCAUCUUUAAUAUUUAGUCUUGAGUAUACCAAGAAGUCCUUUUCUCAUAGGUUUCUUAAUGAUUGUUAUCUUUUCUACCUCAUUCAGCGAAAAAUCUCUAUCUACUUUGGUUCCAAUCCCAUUUCCUUUAACUGAUUGUGCAUGGGAUUAAAGAUAUGUCUGUGAAAUGACAAAAUGAGUCGGACUCGGACAAAUCGGAGUGCAAAGUGAUAUUGAGAAUAGAAAUGCUUUUGUCCAUUGUAAAGUUUGAAAAUUGUAUUUGCAUAACCACAACAACCCCUUAAAUGCAUAUCUAAAGUUGUUGUAGUAUCCUUGCAGUUGUAUCUGAUAUUUUUUAUAUUAUUAAUACAAACUGUUACAAAAUCAGCAACGUAGGGUAACAUGGAAAGUUGAUAACUCUGGCAUCAAAUUCAUAAUACUAUUUAGAAUGGCACUGUAUUCAGAGUUGGAGCAUCCAAAUUUUGACCCUCACCUGUACACGUAGGGUUAAUAGUGGUGUUUAAUGAAACUUUCUUCUGUUCUAGCAUAAUUUUUCUCUCUAUGCUUCGUAACCUUUAUCUUAUUUUUAUGGGUCACUAGCUAUUUGUGUAUUAAAUAUACUUUAUGGCAAGUCCACUUCCUUUUUUACUUCUCCAUCAGUGCAUACUGCAAAAUUCACCAACUCUCAAAUAUCUGAAAGAAUGCUCUUUUAUGCCCAAGAAUAUAAAAGCAAAGAUCACUGUUACCAGUGGAAUAUAGGCCUGUAGCUAUAAGGAAUCACCAGUACUUUUAUUGUUGUUUUUAAUACUUUGUGCUGCAUUUAUAUUUUAGUGAUGAUUAGAAACUUAUACUUGGUAUGCAAAGGUAAAAGUUAAAAAUAUUUUACAUAGUAAUGCUGAAAUACUAAAGAAGGAAAUUCAACUAGUAGCUUUUAAUACAAUACAGUAUCAAUGUUUGCUUUUAAUAUUAGACUUCACAGAAAAAUGCUUUAUUAGUAGCAGUUAGUAAUUUUCACAGAAAUCUAUACAUAAAUAUUUCUGCAGACUAUACAUAUGCACUUUUUAAAGUAAUAUAAAGCACAUCGGAAUUUAAUGAAGUAUAGUAAUCUUCAGAGAAAAUGUAUUUCUUGACAGUAUAGGAAUAAACUGAUGAAUAAUAUAAAUGUAGAUUCUUUUCUGUGGUAACAACUGAAAAUUUCAGUAAUCAGAAUAUCUUAAGUUUUUCAUUAAAAAAAAAACAGUAGUUUGAUAGAAUAUUGAAUUGCUGUAAUCUGUUUCAUAUCCAAGAAAUAGCAUGCUUGUCUAAGAGAAAGUAGGGGUAGGCAAUAGAUUAGUGAAUUUUACACAAAAAGAUUAGUGGAAAAAUAAAUAAUUUAUUAAGAAAUUACUGCUGUGUGUAAGAUUCAGUAGCUGUGUUUAAAGUAUUUUUAUGUUACUGAUUUAUUUAUAGUUUAUUUUCAUUGUCAGGUCACAUUUUCACAAAGCAUAUAUAAGUAAUUUUUUUCACCUCAUCACUUAGUUAUUUUUUGCAAGUGCAACAGCAUUUAAAAACCACAUUUCCUACACCUUACAUAUCAUUUACUAUACGCUAUUCAUAGUUGUUGAUAAAACUAAUUACAUACUGUAUGUUUACAUAUUUUGUCCCGGUAUUUUAUGUUCAGGAAUCACAAAAUCCCCACUUGCAUUCAUAAUUGAUACUUACAUACAUUAAAUUCUACAAUAUUUCAGCAUAUCAUCUGAUUUGAAUAUACAUGUUGGGUUAACAUACUAACAGCUUAAAACAUGCACAAUGGCGUGCCAAACUUAUAACUUUUUAUUCAUCCAAAGGUAAGUUCAUCUAUUUAAAUUUGUUCAGUAUUUUAUACUUAAAACUUCUUGUCAGUCUAAUAAGUAUUCUAAUGUGAAAUAUUACAUUUUCCCCUUCUGAAAUAUCAUGUAACUCUAA